AUGGGUAAAGACACCUUCGAACUCGGUGGCCAGCAAUGGCCGAAGGUGACUUGGUGGAAGAUGAAGGGGAUGCGUUUCGUGUAUCUCACAUUAUGGGCGGCAAUGAUCACUUCUGCGACCAACGGAUAUGACGGUUCCCUGAUGAACGGCUUGGAAGCCAUGGAUUCUUGGAAUGAAUCCUACAACCACCCGACCGGAUCUACACUUGGUCUUCUCGCCGCUGCCAUGUCGAUCGGAUCUAUGCUUUCCAUUCCCGUCGUGCCCUAUGUGGCCGAUGUCUUUGGUAGACGCGCUGGAGUGGUGACUGGAUGCGUGAUCAUGCUGUGCGGUGUAGCCCUCAUAUCUAUCGGCUAUCAUAUUGCCCUUUUUGUGGUUGGACGUAUCAUCCUUGGGUUUGGUUUGGGCAUUGCACAGGAAUGUUCACCAUUAUUGGUCACUGAGCUGGUUCACCCUCAGCACCGAGCCGUUUACUCCUCAAUUUAUAACUCACUCUGGUAUGUGGGUUCGUUGAUUGGCGCUUGUGUCGCGCUGGGAACGAAUCACAUUCACAAUAGCGAGUGGUCUUGGAGAGUCCCUUGUCUUCUACAGGGCAUUCCUUCUAUCUGUCAAUUGGUUUUCAUCUGGAGUGUACCCGAGUCGCCUCGAUGGUUGAUCUCAAAGGGAAGACACGAAGAAGCCAAGAAGAUUCUGGCUUAUGUUCACGCUCAGGGUGAUGAGGAUGACGCUUUGGUAAAUGUCGAGUACGAUGAGAUUCAGCAGACUAUUGCACUCGAGAAAGAAUUCGAAGGAAACAACUGGUCCGAGUUCUGGUCGACUCCCGGUAAUCGCCACCGCUUGAUUAUUCUCGUUUCGAUUGGUUUCUUCUCCCAGUGGUCUGGCAACGGAAUCGUCUCCUACUUCUUACCUCAGGUUCUGAAACUCAUUGGUAUCACAAACAGCAACACCGUGCUCACCAUCAAUCUGGUUUUGAGUGCUGUCAAUGUCGUUUCAGCUACAGGCAUCUGUUUCUUCGUUGAUAAACUCGGUCGCCGAAAGCUAUUCCUUACUAGCAGUGUCGCUAUGCUGGCUUGCUACACUUCGACCACCAUCGCCUUGGCUCGCUUUACCGAGACCACAAGUGGUAAAAACAGCGCAGCAGCUAACGCCUUCCUCGUUUUCAUGUUCCUCUACUACAUUUCCUACAAUAUCGGAUACUCUGGUUUGUUGGUGUCCUAUUCUUCUGAAAUUCUGCCUUAUCGUCUACGUGCCAAAGGAUUGACUAUCAUGUUCUUGUGUGUGGACAUGUCCUUGUGGUUCAACCAAUACGUCAACCCUAUUGCACUUCUGAAGAUCGGCUGGAAGUACUACAUUGUGUACUGUGUCUUCCUCGUCUUUGAAAUCUUCAUUGUUUGGAAGUUCUACCCUGAGACUAAGCAGAUCCCUCUUGAAGAGAUUGUGAAGAUGUUUGAUGGAGAUAAGGCUAUCCUUGGUGGAGCUGCCGCAUCAGAGAAAGUCAACCAGCUUACCACGCGCAAUGACUCUGUGGCAUAUGAUGGAGAGAAGGCUAUCACUACACAGGUUGAACUGUGA